AUUAUUUUUUUAUUCAAUAUUUCCAAUAUUAGUGUAAAUAAACACUGCAAUAAAUGAAUAACAUAGUUAAAAGUAUUUGAAUUGAAUAUGAAAUCCUUGGACUUAUUAUUUUUUUUCAGUGUACAUAUUGUUGCCUUUUUGAAAUAAAUAUUUUGGGCAUUUGGAAGUAUGUGCUACAAUUUUUGGGGUUCUCAAUUAGUAUGUUUCCAUAUUUAGACAAAGAAUGAAGUGUUCUGUGAUUUUUAUUGUUUAUUUGGGAUCGGUGCUUUGCCAUGAGGGAUCAGCAAUGCUUCUAGAUGCUAAGUGUAUCCCUGAAAAGAACUUUCGAGGAAAAAUAGCGAAUGGUGUUAAAACUGAACUGGAAAGCACUCCAUGGAUGGCUCUCAUUCGCAAUUCUUCCAAAGGUUUUAUCUGCGGCGGUUCACUUAUUCACAGAAACUUUGUCAUGACAGCCGCGCACUGCAUUGAAAACGAAUUAUAUGUUAAUUUAGGAGUUUACGAUCAGUACUGUCCCCCAUCAAUAUGCAAAUUAGUUGAAGAAUACAGUGUAACCGAGAACUUCACUUACAAUAUAAAUGGAGUUCAAAGUGAUAUUGGUCUGCUGAGGCUGGACAGACCAGUGCAAUACAAGGAGCACAUUCAACCAAUCUGCAUAAUUUUGGGUAGCCGCGUAAACCCGUUGUCCAUCCGCAAGUUUUCAGCAUAUGGUUGGGGAAAAAUGGAGAAUGGAAAAGAUAGCCGAUUUCUGAGGACGAUCACUCUGUAUCGCCGUUACGCAGAGGAAUGCGACCCGUAUCUCAGAGAGAUGCCGUACGGAAUGUUUUGCGCUGGAACGGAAAAUGGGGACACCUGUAGGGGCGACUCCGGAGGUCCCUUAAACGCGUAUGUUAAACAUAAACAAAAGUGGAUCUACGCGCAGUUUGGAAUAGUGAGCUAUGGAACUACUUCCUGCAAUUUUAAUGGCUAUUACAUAGAAGUCAUAAGAUACAAAAUGUGGAUAAUGGAAGUGGUGACGUUUAGAAAACACGACUAUUUGUGGAACGUAAUAAAGAGCCCCAUCAAACCUUAGUAGGACAAAUCAAGACCAUCUUAAAUCUGAAAUGUUAAGUUCUCAAGUUUUUAAAUAGUGGAACAUAAGAGGCACAGAGACUGGGUUCUCAAACGUUUUAUACUGCUUUUAAAAAUAGUUAUAAACCAAUUUUGUUAUUUUAAAAUAGCCUUAGAGA